UUCAGCAAUAUGCAUAGUUUUAUACACAUUUAGUACACACAUUAGAUAUAAAAAGUGUACUUUAUUGGUUUUUAUGGAAUAUAUACAAUAAACCUGUUUUAGUGUUUGGGAUAAACAAUAUUAGCUAUAGAGCAAAAGACAUGAAUAACAACUAAUAUCACAAACUUAUUCACAUCAUAAACCUUAUAAUAGUAGCAUUAUUUACUAUUUUAAUUUAUAUUUAAUUAUUUACAAGAAAAUGAGAUAGAAACCAGUAUGUUUAAAAGUCGUGGGGAUAGCAAUAUAGUAUAUAAGUGUACUGUGCGGUUAUUGGAAGAUACGGAAAUACUCGAAUGUGAAUUUCAUCCCAGUUAUAAAGGCAAAUUUCUUUUAGAACAUGUUUGCCAGCAAUUGAAUUUAUCAGAAACAGACUAUUUCGGCUUACGAUAUGUUGAUUCAAAUGGACAACGGCACUGGCUGCAUUUAGCAAAAUUAAUAUUAAAGCAAGUAAAAGAUGCUUCUCCUAUACUAUUUAGUUUUAGAGUAAAAUUUUAUCCUCCAAAUCCAUUGCUACUCAAAGAAGAUGUGACAAGGUUUCAGAUAUAUUUACAAUUAAAAAGAGAUUUACUACAUGGGAGAUUGUAUUGUACAUCAAAUGAAGCUGCAUUGCUUGGUGCCCUCAUUAUACAAAUUGAGCUGGGUGAUUAUGACCCGAGUAUACAUGUUGGUAAUUAUGUUACUGAGAUGAGAUUGCUAUUGAGACAAACAGACACUAUUGAGGCUAGAAUACAGGAAAUACACCGGGAAUCAGUGGAGGGUACACCUGGGGGUACUGGAGGAGUGAAGGGUAUGAGUACACAGGAAGCAGAGAGAUCAUUCCUCAAGAUUGCCUGCCAACUUGACACAUAUGGUGUAGAUCCUCAUCCUGUCAAGGACCACAGAGGUAACCAGCUGUACCUGGGCAUCAACCACAGCGGGAUACUGACCUUCCAAGGAAGCAGAAAGAGUCACCACUUUAAGUGGUCCGAGGUGCAUAAGAUAAACUUUGAGGGACGAAUGUUUAUUGUUCAUCUCAAUUAUCCAGAGAAGAAGCACACGGUGGGGUUCAAGUGCCCAAGCGGCGCCGCGUGCAGGCACGUGUGGUGUUGUGCCAUCGAGCAGAUGCUGUUUUUUACGUUGCCAUCAUCAUCAGACGCAUGCGUGUAUACCGGCGGGGGUUUGUUCUCGUGGGGGACAAAGUUCAAGUACGUGGGGAGAACAGAGAGGGAGAUAUUGGAGAGGGACGGGUUACUGCCGCCGAGGGACCACCAGGAUGAAGGAUCAAAUACUGGAGGCAAAAGGAAAGCUUCCAGUGUACCGGCGACUCCUUCCACACCCAUGACUGGUGAUUUUGGGUACAGCAGUCUGCCUCGCUCGACGCACAGCGCGCCUCUGGAAGACAGCGCGGGUCUGCGGCAGAGUGUGGUGGGGGGUGAGGCAUGUGAGGGGGGCUGCCUCCUCGCCGGGCCCGCAGUCGACAUCGCGCUCGCGUGCUGCGACCAGCUCCGUGCGGACGACAAGCAGACGACGUGCCCAGAAUACAACAUCCGCGAUUCAUUCGAGCACUCGUCCACAGAGUCGGGCGCGACCACGCACGCGACACACGUCUCUCACGGGUCACAGCCCGCGGACGACUGGCGGCCGCCGGCGCUGCAACCCCCUCCCCGACCUUUCAGCUUGAUACGAGCUUUCGUGCCGUCCUUCUUAUUCGUAUGGCUCUCUCUCGCUCUCGUCGCUUUGUUGUUAUUCGAAACAGACUGGUCGUUGUUACGUUCUUUGAGACGGAAACCGGAAAUCGUAUCACUUAGACAUCACUACUACGCGCCACUUAAAGAGUACCUGAAGAAGAAAAUUGUCGAGCUUUUUUGAUUCGCAGCAGUUCCCGAUAGAUAUGAUUGUUGUAGAUUUAGAAACUGUAUAAAGUGUUGCGGCGUGUAAGGUACAGAAAUCUUAUAUUUAAGUCGCUUUUGACAACAGUACUGUUGGGUUGCUCCGGUAUGAACUAGUCUGUCAACAAAAAUCAAACUGUUUUGUAUGAAAAUCAAUUUACGUGUGUUACUGAAACAUAUAUAUACCGAAGUAUAUUAUGAAAAAUUAGACAAAUUAAGCUUGUGAUAUAAGAUUUUUUUUUAAUUUGUCCAGAUAUUUAAUAACACUCUGCUCGUGUAAAACCCAUGUUAUUUCAAUGUCUCCUUUUUCAAUCAACAGUGGGAGUGUCACGAUAGAAAUACUGUGUCCUUGCCAAGAUACAAAGACGAUUAAGUUUAAUGCAUUUUAUACUUGUAUUUUAAUUACAUCCAUUGACACGAAAUUACAUGGUCGCCAUUUUGUUUUAAGCAUUUGGAAGUAUGUUGGGCUUAGGAAGUGUCAAAGUUAAUAUUCUCGCAUACUAGAUGUCUAUAGUCAUAAAUUACAAUUUAUGAAUAGUAAAACAUAGUAUGUAAAAUGUACAAAACUUGAGGCUUUUGAUAGAAGGUUGUAAUUAAUAUAACUAUAGUUAAUAUAAGAUGGACAUUUUCAUGCCAUUUAAGAUAAAUUUCCGAUAGGUUGCAUGGUUUGUAUGGCAAUCGUACUGAGUAAGUUAGCCAUAUGUUAUAAUAUCUGGCAUGGAUAUUGUGACGAACAUUAAUAGUACCGCGUCUCCCCCCAGAGUUCAGUCUCUGGGACUUAUGAUCUUACUUAUAAAAAUUAUGCAGCAGUGUAUUAUAUCAGUUAUUGAUGAGUGAAAGAGAAAAUGAUAGUAGUGAUUGUACAUACACAUAUUAUCAUAAGCCAUAAUGCAUUCAGAAAUCCCAUAUUACGACUACCAUAAAUUUUAAACGGUAAUGGCGUUAUUGAAAAGUUUUCUGGCAGCUGUAAUUUUUUUAAAUUCAGGGAUUAAUUGGAAACGACCUUAACUAUCAUACCGUUCGAUAUCUUACGUGCGAGAUAAUAUGUCAAAUUUGUCUCUAAAUUGACAUUGCAUUCCGAACUAAACGUCAUCUUAACUGACAUUAGAAUAGAGGCCAAUCAAAUUUCUUUAUUUGUCAGAGAUGUUCGAAAUUUUAAUGAAAUAAUAUACUCGAAAUCGAUGUUAGCAUUGUCACAGAUAAGAAAUUAGCUCUAUCAAAAGAGUUUAUUUUCUUAUGGUGGUCAUAAUGUGCGGUUCUUAAACGCAUUAUGGAGUGUUUAUGAUAUUUGAAAAUAUAAAACAUAUAACAUAACAGUUGAACACGUAAUUUUUAUAAGUAGAGCUUUAGAAUUUAUAGGUAUCUAGGACAUCUUAUUACAUUAGGUAUAUUACUGAAGAAGAAUUUGGUAUUUUAUGUUCUUUCAGUCAUGCAAUUAAUUACGUAGCGAUUGUGUACGAGCCGAGCACAAUGAAAUAAUGGAAUCUGAUGUGUCAAAUUUUUUGACACUUUUUAGGGAGUUGCCCAUACAGUUUUUAUAUACAUUUUAUAUUAGAUAAUAUGCUUUUGUAUGGCACAAAUCUCACUCAGGCACUAGUUAAGUUGGCCGAAGAAAUGAGACCUUAAAACUACGUUGUGGAAAUGUGACUCUGAUAAAAUAGCUAUUAUUAUUAUUAUUAUUUAUAAAGCCUUAGCAGGUUUUCUUUUUGGAGAGGAGGAAAAUACAUUUACUUAUUGAAGACUCCGACGGGGCCUAGAUGUCGGGCUCGGGUGUAAACACCCUAAACAAAUCUCCUCAGUGCUGAUAGCCCUAAAGGCUUUUACAGCGAUGCCGGGCCGGAGUCUUGGAGGCCGGAACCUUACAAGGUGUGUACUGCGUAUUGCUGUUAACAUGUAAUAAAACGUACAAACAGUCCAAAAAUUUUAAAUUGCUUCAAAAUGAAAACUUAACAAAUAUUUAAAUAAAAAGGGCAUAAUUCCAAAUCGGACACAAUGCAAAAGCAAUUAUUGUGUUGCAAAGUUCUUCGUAAACUUGCUUUGCCAACAGUACAGUUGGCGUCGAAAUCGAUUCUUAUGGCGUAUUUUUACGAUGUGACUCACUUAGAUGUCAAAAAUUGUUUUAAAUUAUCUUGCAGUCAGCCCUUUGAGCCAGAUGAAUCAUUUUGGUAGUCGAGGUUAACUAAAGAAAAUUGUUGGUUGGUUAAUGUUAAAUAGUCCACAGAGUAUUUCUCAUCUUAUUAUUCAACUGAAUUCGAGGCCGACGUGAAUCUUAGAAAUACACGAACACUUUAGUCUUUUUUCGCCUUAGAUAGGUUUGCAAUAUUUCUGACAAGAGCUUUAUUUUUUAAGAGGUAUUUAAGAACGACGAAAGAAAGUGUAGAAUUGCUAUACUAAUGCUCUGAUAAUACAUUUAUAAUAUAAUAGAUUUUUUCUGUUUAAUCUGACUUCUAUUAUUCAAUAUUAGUCUUGCUAGAUUUUAUUAUUAUUAUUAUUUAUUUUAUUUUUACUAAACAUUAAAGAAAGUAGUUAUACCUAGUGGGGACUGUAAAUCCAGUAUACUCCCUGUAUAGCAGUCCUAUUAUUAUUUUAUAUUCCUUUUAAGGAACGAUAGACACAUUUAUCCUUAUAACGCGGUGUCCUUAUAACAUGUUUUCUUAUUACGCGAUUUCAAUCUCUCGUAUGACACGGGCAUACAUAAUAUUUCACUACAGUGAAAUUUAUAAUGAUUUGUACAGUUCAUAAUUAGCUUCGCGCACACGUUACGAUUGUGUUAUAAAAUUUAAUUAUUUUAUUAAAUUUGGGUAUUAAAAACCAUAAUAAAAUAGUAAAACUAGUCAAGCAAUUGGAAAUACUUGUUACAAAUUGUGAUUAAUUAUUAAUAUCACGAAGUACGAGGUCGUAAAAACAGUUGUCCGGUAGUGUGGUUCCGCGUUAUAGGGAGAAAUAACAGUCCUUAUGUCCCGUGUAUUUUCUCUUCAAAUUACUACAUACCUUAUUUUUUGUAUUGCUACAUAUUAAUUUCUAGCACUUAUCCUAAUGUUAGUUAUUUAUAACAUUAUCUACUCAAACAUAAUAACACGCUAUUAAGCAUUACUCAAAAGAAUUAGGAGUCAAUUAGAUAGACAUAUUUUUUGUGUUUUAGUAAGUAAGAAUAAUGUAAGUUAUUUAUUUUAUUGCGAAAAUCGUGCAUGAAAUAACUUUAAAACGAAGAUUGUCGAUUAAGUACAAAAUCAAGUAUUACUAUAUCCUCAUUUAUUUUAACAUUCCCAUAUUAUAUUUUAUACUCUUUAUAACGACUAAUAAUAUUACGUUGGGGCUGCGCCGACCAGAAUAUGAAAAUAAGUUUGUACAAGUGUACUUAAUAUAUAAUUUAACUGUUUCGUUGCUGUUAUUUUUGGUGUUAUAUGGAUAUUUUAUUAUAACGUUGCUUUGUUUACAGUUUAAUGUGUUUAUGUUAUAAAUUAUUAAAUUAUCUAUAAUUAUCGACAUACUAUCGUCGGAUCUGGCUCUAACAAUAUCUAAGAAUAUUCUUCUAAAUUCUUUCGAAAGUAUUUAUUUUUGACUAAUAUGAAAAAAUUGGUUACAAACUUCAGAUAAUAAAUAUGCAGUAAGUACAAGUAAAAAAAGUAUACAAUACCUACCUACCCUUAGUUUUAAAAUACGUUUGUUUUUUUUAUAUUCCACCUGGUCGUUGCUAUUUAGACAUUACAACCGACUUUAAAUACUAAAAAUCAAUAAAAUUGAAGACUAUCAUCUUAUUAUUUACUUAAGUCAUUUUUUAUAGGUUAUAUUAAUUUAUUAAUAAGCUCUCUUUAUUUAUAUUUGUGUCUAUAUUUAUUAUUGUUAGUUGUGAUUUAAGUGUGACUUGUUAAACAUUGUUAUAAAUUUAUCAUUUUAUUUUAUAGACAGUUUCAUAAUUCGCAGUAGUUGAUAAAAUAGAACUAAAGGUUGUGCGAUGGUUACAAGGAAAAAACUUUUUUUUUGUAACUGGAUUGUAAUAUAGUUUUUAUUCACCUGUAUGUCUUAAACUAUAUUAAUUGUAGAUUAUAUUGUAACAUCUCGAAGAAUUAUCUUGUUACAAUUUAUUUAAAUAGGUGUGCUGCGUUAUAAAUAAAAAAAUAUAAUCGGGACUGUGUAACGAAUAGUAAAAUACGUUUUAAUAAAUUGUAAUUAUGAAUACAUAUUUUAUGAAAAUACAGCCCGUUUUUCUGCCGUGAAGCAGGAACUACUUGACAAGCUGUAUCUAGUGAAAUUACUGGGCUAAUGUGACUUAACACCUUAUGUUUAAAAGUGACGAGCGCUAUUGCGAUGCCGCUCAGAAUUUUAAGUUCAAUCAAGAACCCUGACUCUGAAUGGUAAAAGGCAGAACGUAUCACCUAAUUUAACUUAUGAGAUUUAUUUUUUACAAAAAGUACAUAAUCUUGUUUACAAAAUUGAACAUAUUCGUGUUCAAUUUUAAAUUGUCAGUUAUAGGAGUCUACAUCAGCCUAGAGAAACUAUCUAAGAAAAAAGCGUUUCACUCGAUUGUAUGAAACGUGCAGUCAUUGAUAGAUUGACAGAUGACGGCUAUGAUCUAGUAAAAAACGGAGAUAGCCGAAAUCCACUCCGUUUUAAGCAACUGUUCGCUUUCAAACUUAUAACGGAUAAUAGAUCGUCCCAAUCGCCAUGCUGUAAUUACUACUAUUUCAAACUUAUGUCAAAUAACUGGACGUUUCAUACUAAACUAAAUUUCAGUUUUUACUUAGGCAGUCUCCCGCCUCUUAUAACGUAGUAUUUACAUCCUCUUUGGUCUACAAGCCGCAUAAAAUCUUAUAAAUUAGAUCGUAAAUGAAAUUUAUAUUCACCUUUGCAAUGUAUUACGCUACUUAUGUUUCUUUUACUACUUUUCUAGUCACCUCUGUACAUAAUAUUUAACAUUUCCGAUCUUGUUAAUUAUUAUUUAUGUUAUUUAUUAUAGGUAACAAAAGUAUGUUCACAGGUUAAGCAUUUAUUAUUGCAUUCAGUCUAGCGAAACUCUCUAAUAACAGAAGCGAUUCACUCGAUUGUAUGAAACGUGCACUCAUUGAUAGAUUGUCGGCUAUAAUCUUGUAAUAAAAUGGAGAUAGCCGGAAUCACUACGUUUUAAGCGACUGUUCCCUUUCUAACUUAGCCGGAUUAUACUUCGUCACCAAUCGCCAUACUGUAAUUACUACUAUUUCAAACUUAUGUCAAAUCACUGCUCGUUUCAUACUAAACUAAAUUUAAAUUAUCACUUAGGCAGUCCCGCCUCUUAUUACGUAGAAUUUACAUCCUCUUUCAUUGCAUUGUGGUUUUCGUAAUUUAUGACAAGGAUUUUGACCCAAAUGGGUAGAGCGGACUUUUCACUUUAGUCAUACUCGCAGAUCAAAAUAUGUAUAGAGUAUAAUAGACGCCGAACCGAGGAACAAAAAAGUUUUAAAGGCUGGCUGGCAACCCUAAAUCAACCUAAGGCCCAGAACACACGGUGAAACGCAAAUGCAACAAAACCCUUUUGAAAUUAUUGAUUUGAAACCACUUUCAACUAUUUUCCACACACGCUGCAACCACAAUCAUUUCGGUUUUCGUUGAGAAAUAUGUGUGCAUAAUGAGUUCUUCAAGUUACGAAGAAAUUGUGGUUAUGUAUUUGUAUCUUAGACAAAGAUGAAGGCGCAAAAAGAGAACUAUGUGGAUACAUCCCUACAUUGAGAAGAAUAUCAACUGUCGUAUGUUUGUGGCUGCCAAAGAAUUACAAGAAACUGAUAGAAUGCUUCAUCAGUCUCAGUCUUGCGAGAGUAGCUUGUAUAAUUACAAGCAAGGAUAUAUUUGCACUUCUAAAACAAGUUUAAUGUUGUUUUGUUCGUCGUCAGCCAUUUUGUAAAAAAUACGCCAAGACAAAAAAUGAAUGAAACGCAACGCGAGUUUCCUGCACGCCGGUUUCAAUGCGACUGAUUUACACCGCGUUUCAAACCGGUUUCAAACUGGUCGCGUAAUGUGUGGUCUCUUUAAGGAAUCUAUGGCAGAAACUUAAAUGCAACUCAAAAGUAAAUAGUAGUUGCAGUUUCGUUGCAUUUGCGUUUCACCGUGUAUUCUGGGCCUAACUUGACUAUACCAGUCCGUUGGUACUUAUAUUUACUAAAAUAAAUAGUUAACAUAAGCACUUAGAUAUUUUAUGACAAACUUAGAAUCUCAAGUAAAAUUGAAAUUUGAAGAAUAUUAGGAAAAUGACUUAGGAGAGGUAUCUCAUAUAGCGAGACAAUUAUGAAGCAAAAUUGCGAAAAUUACGAAUACGGGACUAAGUCUCCUGUUUUAUGUCUGAUGCCUUGUUUGUGUACCUAAAUAGUUCAUGUUUAAAUCUCCACGCCGCUGAAAUGAAGUACCUAAUAUCUAUUUAAAUAGUUUUAAGCACUUGACAUGCCAAACUGUUUUUUAAUAUAUAAAAUAGGCAAUACAAGAGUUAUGUAUUAUUUUCGCCUGAGCGCAUUUAUUUCAUUCCAUGGACCAAUGUUCUUUUUUACGUAAAAGAGUAUUAUUUUUGUAUAAAUCCUGCCUUUACAGUUCCAGUGAUUAGGAUAAGUUAUAGUAUCGCUUUAAUAAUUCUUAGGAUGUGUUUUAUAGCGACAAACGAAAGUGAAUGAUUUGCAAUUGAAGUCAACUAAUAUUGUGCACAAAUUUUAUUAAAAAAUAGCGUAUUCUAAAAUGUAUUUUAAAUUUACCCUAUCGAUUUAGAGGCUUUUAAAUAAACACUGAAAGUAUUAUGUAGUCUUUGUUAUUAGGACUUAAUUUUGUGUAAUAUAUUUGCGAUAAAUUGGAACUGAAGUGGCUUUAUGAGAAAAUAAACUUUGUAUUUUAAGCUUGUACUAGCGUUAUUUUGAACGAUCCGAAUAUUUUAAUAGCUAAAGUAUGUCCGGUGGCAAAUUUGGUUUUAAUUUUAGAUUCUCCAUAGCGGCUAAGUGGACGAGCCAAGAAGGUAUCGUUUCAGAUUCGUUAAUCACGUGGGUUAUUUAGUUACAAGGGAUGAAAGAAAAAGUGCGUUCGCUAUAGAUUUCACAGUUCCUGACAAUAGGUAUGUUAGAACGAUAUCGAUGAACACAAUUUUUUUGAUUUAAAAGACCCCUUUUUCAUCUACCUUAAUUAAAAAAGAAAUGUUAUUAAGCAGAGUUUUCGUUAGUCAAUUAUAGUCUCAACGUGGCGGUUUAGAAUGUUUGUCAAGGUGUAGGUAAAUAAUAGUCGGGUUCUAUUUCUUUUUUUAAUGUAGCCAUUCUGUUGACCGUGUUUUAUAUUGGCGCAUGGUUUACAAUUAUUUUGGUGCUAAAACUGGAAAGAUAUUCUGCCUACCCACACGGUUCCUUCUUCCCAUAUUUAUUUAUAAGGCGUCAGUAAUAUCCCCAAGCCACCAAUUCUCUUCGACUUUGUCUGUUAGGGAACAAAGACAGGAAUAUACCUAAUAUGAAACUCCUCGAUCAACUGGGCACUGAAGAAAAUAUCGUGAACGAACGAUAUAAAUUAAAAAAAAAAUGUCAUGCAUUUGCAGUUUGGUUCUUGUCAAAAUGCUAAAUUUGCCAGCGGAUUUAAUAUUUCCUAAUUUUAUAGUUUACAAUUGUAAAUAACGCGUGCCUGAACAGAAUUUACAUAGAAAUUUUUAAUAAUCAUUUAUUUUCAUGUAACGCACAUACUUCUCUCUCCUGUCCAUGUGCAAACUCUAAUUAAACAGUACUUCUGUGUAGUAGUUAGUAAUGCUAUGAUACCCAAGUUGAUAGUUGUAAAUUGCUGUGGUACCAUGAAGACUGUCCGUUUCAGAAAGUAAGUAAAUAAAAUUUUAAUGUAAAAAUUUGUCUACCAUGAGAAGCGUUAGUUAAAUUAGAGUAAUAAGCACAAAUUGUAUAUUAAUUAAAACAACAAUGUUUGAAAAUUGUAUAGAUAUUUCCAAUAAAACGCAAAAUAUCA